AUGCCUCGUGAACGUCUCACUACAGAACGUGUGUUGGCAGAGUUUGAACGCGUGAUCCAGUCCAAUCGCCAUUUUCAUCUCGACGAUAGUGUGGAUGUUAAUGUUGUUCAUGUGGAAAUGCCCCAUGGUGGUACAGGUACGAAGCGAGCUGAGAUUAAUUUGGAGACGCAUUUAAUGAAGAAACGCUCAAUCAUACGGAUUCAGAACAAUGAUCAAAUUUGUUUGGCGAGGGCUUUGGUCGUUGCGAAAGCAAAAAUUGAGAAUGAUAGUCGGGAUCGUCAAAUACGAAACCCUGAGAGACCACUUCAAACCCGUUUGGCUCGUGAAUUACACCAGAAUGCUGCCGUUCCUUUGGGUCCUUGCGGUUUGGAUGAAGUCAAACAGUUUCAGACGUACCUUUCCAAUUACCAGAUCAAUAUUGUGUCCAAAGAUCAUCAGAACGCUCUUAUUUAUACUGGCCCCGAUCAGGAGAAGAGAAUUUAUCUCUAUCUUCACGAUAAUCAUUACGACGUUAUUACCAAAAUGCCGGGGUUUUUCGCUCGUAAAAAGUAUUGCCAUACAUGCAAGAAAGCUUAUGAUCAUCGAGAAGAUCACCUAUGCCCGAAUGCCUGUAAAUGUUGUCGUUUUCCCGACUGUCCCAUCGAGUCUUGGGUUCACUGCAAUGAUU